AUGGCCAGGCAUCGGAAUGUCCGAGGCUAUAACUACGAUGAAGAUUUUGAAGAUGAUGACUUCUAUGGCCACUCUGUAGAGGAUGAUUAUUGUAUUUCACCAUCAACAGCUGCUCAGUUUAUUUACUCACGGCGUGACAAACCUUCAGCUGUUGAACCCGUAGAAGAAUAUGAUUAUGAAGAUUUGAAAGAAUUCUCCAGUUCUCUUGUGAAUCAUCAGCUAAGUGGAAUUGAUCAAGCUCGUCUUUAUUCAUGCCUUGAUCACAUGAGAGAGGUACUUGGAGAUGCUGUGCCAGAUGACGUAUUGGUUGAAGCAGUUCUGAAGAACAAGUUUGAUGUGCAGAAGGCUUUGUCAGUGGUUCUGGAGCAAGAUAAAGUGCAGAAUUUGAAAGUCAGGAGUGAGGGAGCAAUAUCUACAGGAAAAAUAGCAAAAGGAAAAUCAAUAGAUUCCCAGUCAUCUCAAAGUGAAUCUGAAAUUGUGCCAAAAGUUACUAAGAUGACUGUAUCUGGAAAGAAGCAAACUAUGGGAUUUGAAGUGCCCAGAGUAACUGCUGAAGAAAAUGGUCAUAGUUUCCACACACCUCAAAAAGCACACUCUAGUGAAGAUACCAACCUUGUUUCUUCUGAUGUACUUGAGAGUGCUUCUAAAUCAGCUCUUCCAUCCUACACCAUUCAAGCAUCAGAAGAGCAGAGUUCAACACCACCAGUGAAAAAGUCCAGCAAGCUGAGGCAACAAAUAGAUAUCAAAGCGGAACUGGAGAAGCGGCAAGGAGGAAAGCAGCUGCUCAACCUAGUGGUCAUUGGUCAUGUUGAUGCUGGGAAAAGUACUCUCAUGGGACAUUUGCUUUAUCUUCUGGGUGACGUAAACAAAAGAACUAUGCAUAAGUAUGAACAAGAGUCUAAAAAGGCUGGCAAAGCUUCAUUUGCAUAUGCAUGGGUCUUGGAUGAGACUGGUGAAGAAAGGGAAAGGGGGGUGACAAUGGAUGUUGGUAUGACAAAGUUUGAGACCAAAACCAAAGUUAUUACAUUAAUGGAUGCUCCAGGCCAUAAGGAUUUCAUUCCAAAUAUGAUUACAGGAGCAGCCCAGGCAGAUGUAGCUGUUUUAGUUGUAGAUGCCAGCAGGGGAGAGUUUGAAGCUGGAUUUGAGACUGGGGGACAAACACGAGAGCAUGGCCUCUUGGUUCGUUCUCUUGGAGUGACCCAACUCGCAGUUGCCGUCAAUAAAAUGGAUCAGGUUAAUUGGCAACAAGAAAGGUUUCAAGAGAUUACUGGAAAACUUGGGCACUUUCUUAAGCAAGCAGGUUUUAAGGAAAGUGAUGUAGCUUUUAUCCCUACAAGUGGUCUCAGUGGUGAAAAUCUAAUUACAAGAUCUCAAUCAAGUGAACUUACAAAAUGGUAUAAAGGACUAUGUUUAUUAGAACAAAUUGAUUCCUUCAAGCCGCCUCAAAGAUCUAUAGAUAAGCCUUUUAGAUUCUGUGUAUCUGAUGUUUUCAAAGAUCAAGGAUCUGGAUUUUGUGUAACUGGCAAAAUUGAAGCUGGUUAUAUCCAAACUGGUGACCGACUACUAGCAAUGCCUCCUAAUGAAACUUGUACUGCAAAAGGAAUCACUCUGCACGAUGAACCUGUCGACUGGGCGGCAGCAGGAGAUCAUGUUAGUCUUACGUUGGUUGGAAUGGAUAUCAUCAAAAUCAAUGUUGGCUGCAUAUUUUGUGUCCCCAAAGAACCCAUUAAGGUUUGCACUCGUUUCAGAGCCCGAAUCCUCAUCUUUAAUAUUGAAAUUCCUAUCACUAAAGGAUUUCCCGUGCUGUUACACUACCAAACCGUCAGUGAACCUGCUGUUAUUAAAAGAUUGAUUAGUGUCUUAAGCAAAAGCACUGGUGAAGUCACAAAGAAAAAGCCUAAAUUGUUGACCAAAGGCCAGAAUGCAUUAGUGGAGCUACAGACACAAAGACCAGUGGCUCUUGAGCUGUACAAAGACUUUAAAGAGCUGGGGAGAUUCAUGCUGCGCUACAGUGGUUCCACCAUAGCUGCUGGUGUAGUGACUGAGAUAAAAGAUUGA